CCUUUCCACACGCCUAUGGUGCAAUAGAUGGACAAAGUUUAACGCACUCCAGCUGCCAAUUUCUUUCGCUAUAGCAAAAGACAGAAGGGGAGAGAUGACGGAGUACGAUGAGCGUACUAGCAACUGUGCGUCAAAUAUGUAUUUACCAAGUUGUACAUAUUACGUUUCCGCGCCUGAUUUUUCAACAGUCUCUUCGUUUUUACCACAGACCACGUCGUGUCAAAUUAAUUUUCCUUAUUCUUCUAACAUAGCUCAAGUCCAGCCUGUUCGAGAAGUGUCUUUCAGGGACUAUGGACUGGAUCACCCAAGCAAAUGGCAUUACAGGGGCAGUUACGCUUCGUACUACUCAACGGACGAGAUAAUGCACCGAGACUUAAUCCAGUCGUCGAACCGUGCGGAAAUGAUAUUCAAAAACGAUUCCCUGUACAGCCAUCACGCCAGUACGAACUCGACAUGCAAUUUUUUCACAAAUGUCGGCCGAAAUGGUGUUCUUCCUCAAGGAUUCGACCAGUUCUUUGAGACUGUGAACUCCGAGAAGCCGAACCCGGACAAAUCACAACAAAAGACAGACUCCAUUCUUCCUGGAGAUGCUGAAUAUAUUAAAGAGACUUCAGAUGCUUCUGAAGAGUCUAAACGAGAUGCAAGUGAGGACAUAGACGAUACUUCUUCGAUAUCAAACAGCGCUGGGGACAAGAUCAACGGCCAAAGUACUUCAAAGUCCAGAAAAAAAAGAUGCCCCUACACCAAAUAUCAGAUCCGAGAACUUGAACGAGAAUUCUUUUUCAAUGUGUACAUUAACAAGGAAAAGAGGCUCCAAUUGUCGAGGAUGUUAAACCUGACCGAUCGGCAGGUGAAGAUUUGGUUUCAGAACAGAAGAAUGAAAGAGAAAAAGGUCAACCGGGACCGGCUUCAGUAUUUCACUGGAAAUCCCUUAUUCUAGUAUUUUACAUUGGGAAAUGUGCUUCAAAACCGAUUCACUUGAGUUUUUGGAGGGACAUUUCAAUCUAGACAAACUACAGAAGGUGAAACCUCGCUUAAAAAACUGAACAUUGUACACAGUCUGGAUAUAUCUAUGCAAGGCUCUUGGUAUCUUCUACUUAUAGCCACUUACCUCAAAAAACUCAUGAAUCCUGAUAUUUGAAAUAAGAUUCUAUCCAGUGAAGAAAUCGUCCAGGAGACCUCGACAUAAUGUCCAUUUUAAUAUCUCUAUGGUAAAAAUUGUAAUCUCUAGUCUAUAUAUACCCUACUUUUUAUUUAUUUAACUUUACAUGAUAGACUUUGGUGGAUUUUCAAACAUUGCUGUAAGCAACUCGAACUUUGAUUACAGUAAUCAAUAACUAUAAUAAGUAAUUUAUAGUAGUAUAUUUGUGAAUGCAUUUAGUAGACGCAUGUGAUGUACAAUGUG